GUAGAAACCGUGGGUAAUUUCGGUUAAACCGUUUCAACUCGCAGGACUAGCCACCGCCGGAUUGGGGUCCACUAAGUCAACGACGGCGCACGCGGCAUACGAAUCUAGCACAUGCCACCGUCUUCUUCUUCAUCUUCUGAUAUCCACCAUCACCCAAACCAAACCAAACAAACAAACCUAACAUUUAACCCCAAAUUCAAAUUCCAAUUCCAAUUUCAAUUUCAAAAUUCACAGAACCUUCACUCCAAUCUGAAACUCAACCAUGUUAGAGCAGUUGCUGAUUUUCACAAGAGGAGGAUUGAUCCUAUGGAGUUGGGGAAACGCGUUGAAGGGAUCACCGAUCGACACGUUGAUCCGAUCCUGUCUUCUCGAGGAGCGAUCCGGUGCGGCAUCGUACACGCAUGACUCCUACUCCCUCAAAUGGACCUUCCACAAUGAUCUCGGCCUCGUCUUCGUCGCCGUCUACCAGCGCAUUCUCCACCUCUUGUACGUCGACGACUUGCUCGCCGCCGUCAAGCGCGAAUUCUCGCUGAUCCACGAUCCCAGCAAGAAAACGCUCUACCCAGAUUUUGAUGAGACUUUCCGGCAGCUCAAGAUCGAAGCCGAGGCUCGCGCCGAGGAUCUGAAGAAAUCGUCGAAUGCCGUUACCGCAAUUGGCGGCAACAGGAAGCAGCAAGCCGCGAACAAGGCUGGGCACGACGGGAAGAAGGGCGGUGGUGGUGAAUUGAAGAAUGACGGUGAGGGGAAAAAGGGGCGUAAACUGGAGAAUGGUGAUUCUGUUGUUGUUGCUAACGAUUCUAACAUGAGGAAAAGUAGUGUGAAUGGUAAAGAGAAUGAGAGUUCCAAUGUUGGGGCUUUUGAUGUAAAUAAGCUACAGAAACUUAGGUCAAAAGGUGGGGAUGUGAAGAAGAAGAAGAUAACAGAUAGUGUUGUUUCCAAGGUAGAGCCAAAGAAGGUGGUUAAGAAAAACAGGGUUUGGGAUGAGUCAACCCCGGAAACCAAGCUGGAUUUUACGGAUCAAGUUGGUGGGGGUGAUGAUGAUGGGGAUAGGAAAGUUGAUUAUUUGGCUAAGGAGCAAGGGGAGAGUAUGAUGGAUAAAGAAGAGGUUCUUAGUAGUGAUAGUGAGGAGGAUGAUGAUGAUGAUGUUGAUGUUGGGAAGAAGAGCAAGCCUGAUGCUAAAAAGAAGGGUUGGUUUUCCUCCAUGUUUCAGAGUAUUGCUGGGAAGGCCAAUUUGGAGAAGUCAGACUUGGAGCCAGCUUUGAAAGCUCUGAAGGAUAGGCUCAUGACUAAGAAUGUGGCUGAGGAAAUAGCUGAGAAACUAUGUGAGUCAGUGGCAGCAAGUCUUGAAGGAAAAAAACUGGCUUCAUUUACAAGGAUAUCUUCAACAGUGCAUGCAGCAAUGGAAGAAGCUCUUGUUCGUAUUUUAACUCCUAGGCGUUCUAUUGACAUUUUGAGGGACAUUCAUGCAGCCAAAGAGCAUAGGAAACCAUAUGUUGUUGUAUUUGUUGGAGUUAAUGGAGUUGGAAAAUCCACUAAUCUAGCCAAGGUUGCUUACUGGCUUCAACAACACAAUGUUAGUGUCAUGAUGGCUGCUUGUGAUACAUUUCGAUCAGGAGCUGUUGAGCAGCUACGGACACAUGCACGAAGACUUCAGAUCCCUAUCUUUGAGAAGGGCUAUGAAAAGGAUCCUGCGCUUGUGGCAAAAGAAGCAAUUCAGGAAGCUUCACGCAAUGGUUCAGAUGUUGUUCUAGUUGAUACAGCUGGUCGUAUGCAGGAUAAUGAACCAUUGAUGAGAGCACUGUCAAAGCUGAUCUAUCUUAACAAUCCUGACCUGGUCUUAUUUGUUGGAGAAGCACUGGUUGGUAAUGAUGCAGUUGAUCAGCUUUCAAAGUUCAAUCAGAAACUAGCCGACCUCUCAACAUCUCUCACACCCAGAUUGAUAGAUGGGAUCUUGCUCACAAAGUUUGACACCAUAGAUGAUAAGGUUGGAGCUGCACUUUCAAUGGUUUACAUAUCUGGAGCUCCAGUCAUGUUUGUGGGUUGCGGACAGUCCUACACUGACCUCAAGAAACUCAACGUCAAGUCGAUAGUGAAAACCCUCCUUAAAUGAGGGAACAUAGCAUGUUUGGAUUAGCUUCUCUUUUCUCAUGAUCAAUUAUUGAAGUGAGAAGCUACUCCUGGAAGUUUCUUCUGAGAAUUGAUUUUGAUUUCAGAAUCAAUUGGAGAAGAAUUUCCAAACAUGCACAUAGUGAAAAUCCUUCUUAUAUUUGUCUUGCUUGCUAGGGGUUUUCACCUGCUACCUCUCAUGAAUGUUUGUGUGACAAUUUGACUUGCUUAUCCCUGUUGAUCCCAUUACUCUGUUGGCCAAACUAUGUGACUUUGGGUUUGUCUUUGGAGGCAAAUUUGGUUUGUUUA